ACUUCGAUUUCCUCAUCUUCGGCACCAACUCCCUCUGCGCCUUCGCCCUCAAUCUCGCUGUCUUCCUCCUCGUCGGCAAGACCUCCGCCUUGACCAUGAACGUCGCUGGCGUCGUUAAGGACUGGCUCCUCAUUGCCUUCUCUUGGUCCGUCAUUAAGGACACUGUCACGCCCAUCAAUUUGUUCGGCUACGGCCUCGCCUUCCUCGGUGUCGCCUAUUACAAUCACUCCAAGCUCCAGGCGCUCAAGGCCAAGGACGCCCAGAAGAAGACCACGCAGCCCGAUGACGAGGAAGCCACGUUGCUCCAGGACAGAGACGUCAAGAGGUCCGACCAGCACAAUUAAUUUCAUUUUUUUUCUCACAGAUAACUUCAAUAAAUCACACCACCAACAGGAACCCUCAUCAGUCAUCAUUAUCCAAUUGCCGCUUCGGUAUGUUCUUUUUUUUAAUUACAGUGUAUUUUUUCGGAUAGUUAAUCAGUAGAUUUGGAUUUGAGAUUCAUGCGCA